AAUUAAUAGCCCAGAAAAAAAUUAUAAAAAGAGGUUUCUAUUAACUUUAUAAAGCAAUUUAUAAUAAUAAAUUAAUAUAAGAUAUAAUAAAACUAAAAAAUUUACUAAUAAAUGUUCGGUAAUACAGGAGGAGGUGGACUAUUUGGAAAUACUUAGACUUAACAAACCGGAGGAGGACUUUUCGGUUAACCUUAAUAAACCUAAUUCGGUUAAACUGGUGCCACCGGUGGUGGUCUCUUUGGUGGUGCUACCAACACCUUUGGAGGUGGUGGCGGCGGAGGUUUAUUUGGUGGAAAUAAUAAUCAAUAAACCAACCCUACAGCUGGUGGUGGAAUAUUUGGUUAAGGUACCACUGGUCUUGGAGGAGCACCUGCUCAAACAGGAGGUGGUUUAUUUGGAGCACCAUAAAAUAAUCAAUAAGGAGGUGGAUUAUUUGGAGGUGGAACAACUACUGGAGGUGGCAUGUUUGGAAAUCAGGCUAAUACUCAAACAGGUGGUGGUGGUCUAUUUGGUGGACCAUCAUAACCUACAACCUAACCACCUGCAUUUAGUCUCAACAACCCAACAACUGGAGGAGGCGGAUUAUUUGGCUAACCUGCAAAUACUAUGGGUGGUAACAAUGGAGGAUUGUUUGGUGGCUAAACAAAUUCUUUUGGAGCAAAUAAUAAUAUGCUUGGAAAUAAUAAUAGACCAUAAGGUGCUGGAAUUUUUGGAGGAGCUACUACUACUGCUCCUACUGGAAAUACAGGAAUGUUUGGAGGUAUUGGAGCAAACAAUGGUGGUGGAGGCUUAUUCGGCAUGAAUAACACUAAUACUAAUCCCACAGGUGGUUUUGGUGCUACUAAUCCUACCGCUGGAGGUGGAGGCUUAUUUGGAGGCGGUGCUACUACUACUGGUGGUGGUGGAUUAUUCGGAGGUGGUAAUACUUAAGGUGGAGGCUUACUAGGAACUGCUAAUACAACUGCUGGUGGUCUUCUUGGUGGAGGAUUUAAUAUGAAUAAUAAUACAGGUGGUAUUUUAGGAUAAACUAAUAAUUAAUUUGGACUUGGUAGCUUUGGAACUAAUAAUAAUGCAGCAGCUGCACCCUUUUAACCUAAAGCCUCAGCAAAUGGUGUUCUCACUAAGCCUAAUGAAAAGAAUUUAUGCUAUGCUAUUUCAAAUGGAACUGAUUUUUGUAUAUUUGAAUUAGCUUUGACAUAAAGAAAACUAGUUAAGGCUGGAUAACUAAAACCUGGAGCUCAAUAAGCUGGUGGUAUGUUUGGUCAGCCUGCUUAAGGAGGUAAUGGUCUUUUUGGUGGCGGUGGUGCUGCUACUACAACUCCAUUUGGUGGUGCAUAAAAUGGUAAUCUAUUUGGAGGAUAAAACACUCAAGCAUAAGGAGGUGGUCUAUUUGGUGCUCCAGUAAACAAUGCUGCCACAGGAGCAGGUGGCGGAUUAUUUGGAGCAAAACCUGCAGCAACUACUACAGGAGGAGGACUGUUUGGAUAAAUGCCUGCAUAGACAGGAGGUUUCCUUGGUAAUACUGCUACUUAACCUGCCGGAGGUGGUUUAUUUGGAGGUGCUACAACAACUUAGGCUCCAGGUGGUGGUGGUGGUGGUGGACUCUUCGGAGGUAAUACUACUGCGGCUACUACUGGAGGUGGUUUAUUUGGAGGAAAUACUUAAACUGGAGGAGCUACAGGAGGAUUAUUUGGAGGAUAACAACCUAAUAACUAAGGAGGUUUAUUCUUGAAUACUGGAAAUGCUAAUAAUGCUAAUACUGGAGGUGGACUAUUUGGUGGAGCUACUACUACACCUGCUACUGGUGGUGGCUUGUUUGGAGGUUCUACUAAUACCUAACCUGGAUUGGCUACAGGUGGCGGUCUAUUUGGUAAUAAUUAAGGUGCUUCUUAACCUGCAGCUUAAGGUGGUCUAUUUGGAGGUGCUGCCCCCUAACAAAAUAGUUUAUUUGGAGGAGCUACUGCUGGAGGAUAAACCGGUGGCUUAUUUGGAGGAGCUACAGGAGCCACUCAACAAUAAGGAGGUGGCUUAUUUGGCUAAACAGCUUCUAAUCCUACUUAAGGAGGAGGUCUAUUUGGAGCAGCAAAUCCAGGUUUAGGAGGAGCUGCAGCAGGCACAUAAGUAGCUUAACCUGGACUCAAUGGAUUCUAAUCACUAAUUUAACUAUUAGAAUAAACAUAGAAUUAAAAUAAUGAUAAAUUUGCUUUAGAUGACGACACUGAAUAAAAUUGGGUCUAUGGAAAGUUAAGAGAUGGCUAUUAAGGGGGUAGUUUAGGCUACUUCUAAGGUGGAGAUAGCUACUCAUAAUCUGGCAAUAAAUUUAUCUAGCUUGAAUAAUAGAGUUUAUAUGGAUAUUAAAAAAAGAAAUAAGCUUACAAUUAAUUCAAGAACUUAGCUCAUCGUGAUGAAAAGGAAAAGAAAGACGAAAUGAAAAAACUUCUCUCGUCUUUCUCUUCCUCCUUUGUAGGAAUAGGUUCAGAGUAAAAAAAAUAAGUUAAUUUAUCAUCUUAAAGUUAAGCUUUACCAACUCGUCUACAACAACGUAAACUAUCAGGUUCCUCUGAAAUUUCUCAUGUCAGUGAAAAGUUAAAAUAGAUAGAAAAAAGUGAUCUUUGCAUCGAUUUCAUUAAAUCUAGAACAAGCAAUCGUAUCAGAAUACCUGUUAAACCUCGUUAUACUUUUGGAGAUGUCAAACAAAAAAUACUUAAUGAAUUAAUUAACGACAAUGAAAUAAAUGUAAGAAACUUCCGUCUUCAAGCUCGUCUGAAAGGGCCUAAUAAAGCCCCAAAACCAUUACGUGAUACUGAUCCUGUAUUCUAAAAUAAAAAUUUACCUUUUGAAAAUAUUGACUAUAUUGAAUUAGUUGAAAGAUCAGGUAAUAUAUCUAGUUUGAAUGCCACUCUAAAUAACAACAAUAACUCGUUUGUGCUAAAUAAUAUUCCAAAUGAUGAAAUAGAUGAUAGAAAUUCUCUUUAAAAUAACUCUAGACCUAUUGAUUAAAAACCUUUACUUAAAGCUAGAUCUCAACGUAUAAAUUUACCAUUUAGAUUCUCAUCCAUGCCUUCAGUUGACGAAAUGGAGAAGUUUACUGAAUAGCAGUUAUCCUAGGUUGAAAACUUUGUUUUAGAAAAUGAAUAUGCUAGAAUAGUAUUUUAGGAGCCUGUUAAUUUAUAUAACUUAGAUCUAUCUCAGUUAAUAUUCGAAGAAUCUAGGAUUUCUUUAGAGUAAGUUCCUGAAAGUGAUCGUUUAAAUAAAAAAUGCAUAAUUGAAUUCAAAAAAUUCGGUUUGAAACAGCUUAACUCAGGUAAAUCAAAAGAAGAAGUUAAAACAUAGGUUGAAAGGCUAGUCAAAAAGAAAAAUUUACAAUUAGUUAAGCCAUAUGAUGUAGAUAAUACUAAAUUGGUUUAUAUACAAGAUAAAUUUUAUUGA